AAACCCGAGAUUCGUUCUACGACGGUUGAGAUUGGCUCCAAUUCCAAGUGUUUAACCUAAAUUUCGGAUCUUCAAUUUCCAUCCCCUUCUUCCCCUCCCCUUCUACUUCAUUCCUCACAGUUGAUUCUGUUGCUUUAUAGCUUAUUAAGCCACAGAUUUACGUGUUAUAGGUAGGGAGAGAAAGUUAGAGAAUAAGAUGUGAAAUAAAAUAGUACCGUCUUUUCUUACUUUCUUCCGAACACUUGCAUUGAAACUUCCUUUCCAUCGGAACAAUAAUGCUCAUUACUAAGAUGGAAUCUUCCUUCAUAGGAUGUUUCGUCGUAAUUGUCAAGUCAAAAUAGUCGUUGUAUAUAUAUUAAAUGCGAGGGUUUGAUAGAUUGAUUCAAAAUCAAGAAAUAAAGAAUUAGUACUUGUGAUAUUGUUUCUUCCAUUGUUGGUAAAGUAAGAAAGAAUUGGUAUACGGAUGGAGAGCUAUUUGAAUGAGGAUUUUAGGGCAGUGAAGUCCAAAAAUUCUUCGGACGAGGCAUUGCAGAAAUGGAGGAACCUAUGUGGAGUGGUGAAGAACCCCAAGCGCAGGUUUCGAUUCACCGCCAAUCUUUCCAAGCGUUACGAAGCUGCCGCUAUGCGCCGUUCCAAUCAGGAGAAGUUGAGAGUAGCAGUUUUGGUUUCCAAAGCUGCAUUUCAGUUCAUCCAGGGCAUGCAACAUAGCGAUUACACUGUACCUGAAGACGUUAAAGCUGCCGGUUUUCAGAUUUGUGGUGAUGAGUUAGGAUCCAUUGUCGAAGGGCAUGAUCUAAAAAAACUAAAAUUUCAUGGUGGGGCAACUGGAAUUGCAGACAAGCUCUGCACAUCAACCACCAAUGGGCUCACUGGCAAUAACGACCGCAGACAGGAGAUCUAUGGAAUUAAUAAAUUCACUGAAAGUGAACCUAGGAGUUUUUUUGUUUUUGUUUGGGAGGCCCUUCAAGACAUGACUCUCAUGAUCCUUGCAGUGUGUGCAUUUGUCUCUUUGAUAGUUGGUGUAGCAACGGAAGGGUGGCCAAAGGGGGCCCAUGAUGGCCUUGGAAUUGUUGCAAGCAUCUUGUUGGUAGUGUUUGUCACAGCCACAAGUGAUUAUCGGCAAUCUUUACAGUUCAGAGAUUUGGACAAAGAGAAGAAAAAGAUCAGCGUUCAAGUUAUAAGGGAUGGAUAUAGGCAGAAAAUGUCAAUCUACGAUCUACUUCCUGGUGAUAUUGUACAUCUUGCUAUUGGAGAUCAAGUCCCUGCGGAUGGACUUUUUGUUUCAGGAUUUUCUGUGUCAAUUGAUGAAUCUAGUUUGACUGGAGAGAGUGAGCCUGUAAUGGUGAAUGCUGAAAAUCCUUUUCUGCUGUCUGGAAGUAAGGUUCAAGAUGGAUCUUGCAAGAUGAUGGUUACCACUGUUGGGAUGAGAACCCAAUGGGGUAAAUUGAUGGCUACACUUUCUGAAGGGGGAGAUGAUGAGACCCCACUGCAGGUCAAAUUGAAUGGAGUGGCAACCAUUAUCGGGAAGAUAGGUCUGUUCUUUGCUAUAGUAACUUUUGCAGUUUUGAUGCAGAAGUUGUUUGGCCGUAAACUGCGAGAGGGAACCUACUUUAGUUGGUCUGGAGAUGAUGCAUUAGAAAUGUUGGAAUACUUUGCUAUUGCAGUUACAAUUGUUGUUGUUGCAGUUCCUGAGGGGCUACCACUGGCUGUAACCCUAAGCCUUGCAUUUGCCAUGAAGAAGAUGAUGAAUGAUAAGGCACUCGUCCGCCAGUUGGCGGCUUGUGAGACUAUGGGAUCUGCCACAAGUAUCUGUAGUGACAAAACCGGGACAUUAACUACCAACCACAUGACUGUUGUGAAAUCAUGCAUUUGUAUGAAUAUCAAGGAAGUGAGCAAAUCAGAUGAUGCUACUACUCUGUGCUCUGAACUCCCAGAUUCUGCAUUAAAACUUCUGCUACAGUCAAUAUUUAUUAACACUGGGGGAGAUAUUGUGGUUAACAAAGAAGGCAAACGUGAGAUAUUGGGAACACCUACUGAGACUGCUUUAUUGGAGUUUGGCUUGUCACUUGGUGGGGAUUUUCAGACAGAGCGACAGGCAAUUAACCUUGUUAAAGUUGAGCCAUUCAACUCCACGAAGAAGCGAAUGGGCGUGGUCCUUGAGCUUCCUGAUGGCAGUCUACAAGCCCAUUGUAAAGGUGCUUCAGAAAUAAUUUUGGCUGCUUGUGACAAGGUGAUCAAUUCAAGUGGUGAGGUUGUUCCUCUUGAUGAAGCAUCUGCCAACCAUCUCAAUGUUACAAUAAAUCAAUUUGCUAGUGAAGCACUUCGGACUCUUUGUCUUGCCUAUAUGGAACUGGAAAAGGGGUUCUCUGCUGAUAAUCCUAUUCCAGUUUCAGGCUAUACUUGCAUAGGGAUUGUGGGUAUCAAAGAUCCUGUUCGGCCAGGUGUCAAGGAAUCUGUUGCGCUUUGUCGUUCGGCUGGUGUUACUGUUCGAAUGGUUACAGGAGACAACAUAAAUACUGCAAAGGCUAUUGCUAGGGAAUGUGGGAUACUCACUGAUGAUGGUAUUGCCAUAGAAGGUCCAGAUUUUCGGGAGAAGAGUUUAGAGGAAUUGCUUGAACUAAUUCCCAAAAUUCAGGUGAUGGCUCGAUCUUCACCUCUAGACAAGCACACAUUGGUAAAGCACUUGCGGACCACAUUCAAUGAAGUUGUUGCCGUGACUGGUGAUGGAACAAAUGAUGCCCCGGCACUUCAUGAAGCAGAUAUUGGUCUUGCAAUGGGCAUCGCUGGAACUGAGGUGGCAAAAGCAAGUGCUGACGUGAUUAUUCUGGAUGAUAAUUUCUCCACAAUUGUGACAGUGGCCAAAUGGGGACGCUCAGUCUACGUAAACAUUCAAAAAUUUGUACAAUUCCAGCUGACAGUUAAUGUGGUUGCUUUGGUUGUGAACUUCUCUUCAGCUUGUUUAAUGGGGAGCGCUCCCCUCACAGCUGUUCAGCUUUUGUGGGUCAACAUGAUUAUGGACACAUUGGGUGCUCUUGCAUUAGCAACUGAGCCUCCUAAUGAGGAAUUAAUGAAACGAUCACCAGUAGGAAGGACGGGAAAUUUUAUCAGUAAUGUUAUGUGGAGGAAUAUCUUAGGGCAAUCCCUGUAUCAGUUUAUGGUAAUCUGGUUCCUACAGACCAAAGGGAAAGCAUUAUUUGGUCUUGAUGGCCCCGGUUCUGAUCUGAUCCUUAAUACACUUAUCUUCAACACAUUUGUGUUUUGCCAGGUGUUCAAUGAGAUAAGCUCGCGAGAGAUGGAGAAAAUAGAUGUUUUCGAAGGCAUACUGGACAACUAUGUUUUUGUGGGCGUACUCAGUUGCACCGUCUUCUUCCAGAUCAUAAUCAUCGAAUACCUGGGCACAUUUGCAAGCACAACACCCCUCACUCUAAUUCAAUGGUUCUUCAGUGUAUUUAUUGGAUUCUUGGGCAUGCCAAUUGCUGCGGCCUUAAAGAAAAUCCCUGUGUAAGCUUCGUGAAUUGGAAAUGGAGCUUUCAAAAUUACGUAUAGAAGCCUUAGCUUAAAGAAAUUGCUUGUAGCUUUGUGAAGUGAUGGACGCCAUUGGAAUAGGAAGGAUGUCUAGGCCUGUUUGGUUGUUUAUAAUACCGAUGAAAAUAAUUAUCACCACUACACCACUGCAAGUAGUUGCAAGAUCUCAAGUUUCCUUUUUUAUUUUUGGUUUCAUUGAAGUUUAGGAGGGUAAGUACCCAGGCUGGCCGCCACUUUUUUUUUCUUUUUCUUUUUUAAUAUAUAUUUAUAUUUUUAGUGUUUUUUAAGUUGAAUCAUUCUUUAUUUUUAUUGUUGUACUGACAUGUAAUCAUUCUAUUACUUGUUAUGACGUUCUUUUGUAUAAAGUUGCAGUAAUAUGGCUUUCUAUUAGAAAUACAAGAA